UGGUAGUGUCAGUCACAGAAAAAUGGUAUUUUUCUUUUUAUCUUCAAUUUAAUAAAGAUUUUCAGUUUAAAUUACAUCUAGUUUCUGACUUUAAAGAAUAAUAUGUCUUAUAAUAUGGAUAGAAUAAAAAUCUAUGCAGGAAUUUAUAUAUUUUUGAAGGAUUUUAAAAUGUAGUGUCAGUCACACACAUAUUAUCUAUUUAAUUAUAGUCUUAAAACAAAUUUAUUUAUCAAUUAAAUAUUUCAUUUUAGAUGGGUAAAACAGCUGCUGAAAGAAAAAAGGAACAAAUAGAAAGAUUAAAGGCUAGUGGAAAAUAUGAAAAUUUUAAAGAAAGGGAGAAAAACAAACUAAGAGAACGGCGCAUCCAGAAGAAGAAACAAAUGACUAUCGAAGAAAAAGAAGUUUUAAAAGCAAAGAAAAGAAAGGAAAUGAAGAAAUAUAGAGCAAAAAAAGCUCUUAAAUUAUUAAAAACUAAUGAUGCAGUGUGUUCUGAAUCAAGUUCACCAUCAAAAGCUUUUCAGAGUCCACAGUCCUUUGGCAAAGCUGUUUCGAAAGUAAAGAAAAACUUACCCAACAGUCCAAACAAAUGUAAGGCAGUCAUUAAAAAGUUAGCACAGCAAAUUGUGCCAAAUAUUGUGCAAGCACCUUUGCCAAAGUCGAGAAUUUCAAAAAUUGAUGUAAAACUUGAAGAACAAGUGAAAGCAUUUUAUGAAAAAGAUAGCAUAAGCUACCAAGCCCCUGGUACUAAGGACUUUGUUAUUGUUAGAGAUUUUGAAGGUAAAAAAACAAAAGUGCAGAAAAAAUAUUUAUGUACGACUCUUGGAGAAGCUCAUGAAAUGUUUAAAAAUGAUAAUCCAGGUAUCAAAAUUGGUCGCUCCAAAUUUAGUGAAUUACGCCCUUCUCACAUUUGUCUUAGGCAUGAAACUCCAGCUAAUUUAUGCUUAUGCAUUUAUCAUGAAAAUGUUCGACUUUUGCUUGAAGGAAUAAGUUUUUUUCCAAAUAGUACAUCUGAUUUUAUUAAAGUUAUUAUUUGCGCUAAUCCAACAGAACAAUGUUACUAUCAAACAUGUAAUAGCUGUGAAAAUUUAAAAAAUCUUCAAAUUGUAGUUGAAAAUUCAGAAAAAAAUCUUGAUGAAGACAUUAAGCUAUUUCAAUGGAUGAAAGAUGAAAAUAAUGCUCUUGCAAAGCAAAAAAUCUGUUUAUCAAUCAAUGAGGCAUUCGAAAAAUUAAAAGGAAAACUUCCUCAAUUUCUGCAACAUGCUUUUAUAAAGCAACAGCAAGAAAUUUUUUUUGAAAGCUUCAAAAGCAAUAUGCAACCAAAUGUGUUGCUCCUACAUUUUGACUUUAGUGAAAACUACAGUUUUUUCUCACAAGAUGAGAUUCAGUCGGCUCAUUGGGUCUCUAAAUCUUGUACGAUUUAUACUGCCAUGGCCUAUUUUAUUUAUGAGAAUAAUUUAAAGUCCGUACCUAUUGUGGUGAUAUCGGAUUACCUACACCAUGAUAAAUAUGCUGUUGCCAUUUUUAAUAAUGCAAUUAUUAAAAAAAUUAAAGAUGAUUUUUCUGAACUGUCAAUUUCAAAAAUUAUUUACAAAUCCGAUGGAACUGCGCAACAUUUUAAGCAGAAGUAUUCCAUUUGUUUAGCAAUGCUGCAAUCAAAUGAUAUUGAAUGGCAUUUUGCCGCAACAGGCCAUGGUAAAGGGCCAAUAGAUGGUGUAGGUGGAACCCUUAAGCGCAGAGUUCGAGAAGCCACCCUAUCAAGAAAAAUUAAUAUAAGCAGAGCUGAAGAAUUCUCAAAAUCAGCAGAACAAAUAUGUAAGAAUAUAACUAUAUUAUAUAUUCCAGAGUCCAAAAUUCAAGCAGGAAAAAAUCAACUAGAUCAACUAUGUUGUCCAACAGGAAGUGAAAUAUUUGCAAUUCCUAAUACAAGAAAAUUUCACUCUUUUAUAAAAAUUGAUGAUUACAUCUUAAAGGCAUCCAACGUAAGUUUAAAUCCUAAACAAUAUAUUAAAUUUAACAUGAAAAUGGGUGAAAGUGAAGAUAUGAAAAUUGAACCAAAUUUUGAUCGCAGAGGCUGUUUAACUUUCGAUAAUUUUGAUUUUUCAAGCUUUAUAGUUGGUUGAUUUCUUAAUUUUUUUCAUUAGCUUGUGAAAAAAAUGAUAAUGUAGUGUCUGUCACAAUCUACGUGUAGUGUCAGUCACAAAGAAUAAGUGAAAUUAAAAAUAAAGAAAAAAAUCUUAAACAAUUUUGCAAUUUAUUUUCAUUGAAUACAAAUACUUAAAUAAAAUUAUGUCUGAGAAAUGAUUUGCUUUCAUAGUUUAAUCAGAAGAAAUUUGAGUUUAAAAAUUUGUCCAAAAACUGGCUUCCAUUCUUGUAGUGUCAGUCACACUUACUCAAAUAUUGUUAUAAUUAAUAAAAUUAGGUCCCUAACAAUAAUUUUUUGUGUUCUAAAAUUUAUUUGCAUUUUUAGAAAAAUAUUGAUAAAAAAAUAAAAUUUUUAGCUAUAAAAAUAUUUCUUUAAUGUAUCUUUUCAUUUGUGAAAAAUUGUCUGAUGUAGUGUCUGUCACACGUGGAAAUAGCCAAAU